AUGUUGGGUGAUAACCUCCGUAAUUAUACCAUAAAGCGUUCUACUGCAAAAGAAAAGGGAGCUCCAAAAAAGCUAGCCUCAAAGAAGCCUGCCUUAAAGCCUCCAACCAAGAAGCCUACCAUAAAGCCUCUGACCAAGAAGCCUGCUACCAAGAAGCCUGCUACCAAGAAGCCUCCAACUAAGAAGCCUCCGACCAAGAAGCCUACUACUAAGAAGCCUACUACUAAGAAGCCUGCUACUAAGAAGCCUGCUACCAAGAAGCCUGCUACCAAGAAGCCUGCUACCAAGAAACCUGCUACUAAGAAGCCUCCGACCAAGAAGCCUGCUACCAAGAAGCCUCCGACUAAGAAACCUGCUACUAAGAAGCCUCCGACCAAGAAGCCUGCUACCAAGAAGCCUACUACCAAGAAGCCUGCUACCAAGAAGCCUGCUACUAUACUAAAGAAAGCUAUCCUAAAAAAGGCUUAUCUAAAGAACCCUACUGCUAUCCUAAAGAAGCCUGUUCUAAAUAAUACUGCCCUGAAGAAGGCUGCCUUUAAGAAGUCUUCUAAUAUCUUUAAGAAGCCUGGUACAAAGAAGGCUAUCCCACAGAAAGCUGUUCCAAAUAAGACUGCCUUCAAAAAUCCUUCCUCCAAGAAUUCCACCUCCAAAAGGCCUGCCUCUAAGAAGAAUACUACUAAAAUGCUUACCUCAAAGCCUCUAAUUAAGAAGCCUUCUAAGCAGGCUCUAGUUAAAGGAAAGUCCUCCCUUAAAGACAAGACCGCCCUUAAGGGAACUAAGGGCAAGGGUAGGGCUCGAAGCAAGGGCAAAGCUAUUGCCAAGGAAAAAGUUACCUCCACGGGGAAUACUCGCAGCAAAGGCAACACUAGUUUCAAGGGAAAGACAGGCACCAAGGGAAAUAUCCAUGCGAAAGGAAAACGACCCGCUAAGGGAAGGGCUAGUGGCAACGGAAAGGUUGUCACCAACGGCAAAGCUGCUUCCAUUGAUAAGACUCCAGCCAACGGCAAAGCUGCUUCCAAGGAUAAAUCUCCACCAACUGAAGACACUGCUACCAGCCCUGUCUGUAAUUUGAAACGUGGCGGGAUUCAAUCAUCGCAUUCAUCAUGCCAGGAACCGGCCAGUCCCGAGAACAAUGGGCAGGACGUGGGGCCGUGGGGGGGGCGUGGUAAACCGAAAGACAUAACAACAGGCACCUUUGACGUCCUCAAGAAAGCGGCUGGAGACAUGAAGCUAGAAGAGGACCAAAAAUACGCGUUUUGUGAAGAUACCCGGAAGAAUAUCGAGUGCCACCGACGUCUCGUUCACGGGACCUACAAGACCACAUAUGAUCCAGUCGAGAACCAACUCACGCACGACGUUCCUGAUAUGAAAUUCUCCGAAGUUACCUACGAUAAAGAAGACCCGUCAAAGAGUAAGCUAAAGGUUGACAAGGAAUAUCGAGCGGAUAACAACCCCUUUGAAGACCCAAACAAGUACACUUACGAAAUGUGGGGCAAGGUUGAUCCUACUGUUGAUACGAAAAAGAAGGCCGAGGAAGUUUUUGCAGCCCAAGGGGACAGUUAUACCAGGCUCGCUCAAAUUCCCUGUGUGUCAGGGUCGAAUUGCCGAUCAUUUUCUGCGGGGCUCUAUGAUCAGAUUAAGCAGCAAUAA